AUGUCUUUCUUAGACAGAAAAAGUAUAAUAUAUUUAGUUAUCAUAGCGGCACUAUCAGCCGCAUUGAUAGCAGUUUGUAUCGAUGCAUACGCAGGAUCCAACAGUGAAGUGCCUCGCGAUGGGCCGAACGAUAUAAAGUGUGAAAAAACUUCCGCAACCACGGCCAGUGGCACGUUAGUGAAGAAAGAGGUUUUCUGCUCGGGAGAUUUAAUUUUCGAAGAUACCUUCGAUAAGCUGAAUUUGGAAAAAUGGGAGCAUGAGCAUACUCUCGGCGGAGGCGGUAACUGGGAAUUCCAAUACUAUCUGAACAGUCGUAGAAAUUCGUACGUCCAAAAUGGUGUUCUAUAUAUUCGUCCCACAUUGUUGGCUGAUGAAACUGGAGAAGAUUUUCUUUCUACGGGUACAUUGAACAUUCACGGUGGCAGUCCAUAUGAUCAUUGUACUAAUCCAGCAUGGAAUGGAUGCGAAAGAGUAGGAACCGCAAACAAUUAUUUGAAUCCCGUUAAAAGUGCGCGUCUGCGCACAGUACACUCUUUCAGUUUCAAAUAUGGGAAGAUAGAAAUCCGUGCCAAAAUUCCAACUGGCGAUUGGCUCUGGCCUGCCCUGUGGUUAAUGCCCAAGGUCAAUCAGUAUGGUACUUGGCCUUCUUCUGGAGAAAUCGACCUAAUGGAAGGUCGCGGCAAUCUGGACUAUCGCAGUGCCGAUGGCACCCAUAUUGGUGUCGAACAAGUGGGCUCAACUUUGCACUUUGGACCGAAUCCAUCAUUGAAUGGCUAUGAGACAUCUACCGCAGCAAAGAAUGCAGCCGCUGGGCAAGGCUUCAACAAGGAUUUCCACCGCUACCAGCUUGAAUGGACGCCAGAUUUCAUGAAGUUCAGUGUUGACGACGAGCAACUUCUCCUGGUAGAAGGUAACUUUUGGCAGCGAGGUAACUUUGACGAAAGGGCACCAGGGACACCGAAUCCUUGGGUCAGUGGAGGAAAGAUGGCGCCAUUUGACGAAGAAUUCUACAUCAUUAUGAACUUGGCUGUUGGUGGUACCAACGGUUAUUUCCCAGAUGCCCCUGCCACGAAUAACGAAAAGCCAAAACCCUGGAGCAAUCAAUCGCCAGUAGCAUUCAAAGAUUUUUGGUUAGCGAAAGACGACUGGCUUCCAACAUGGAAACUGAACGAAAACGAUAGCAAAGAGGCGUCUUUACAAGUAGAUUACGUAAGAGUUUGGGCAAUAUAAGUCUAUCCGUCGACGAAAUAGAUAAGAAAUUUAAUGAAGCCGGGAAAUAAAUGUUCAAACAUUUUAAAUUACCUA